AUGUCUCGGUUACCUCCUGACGAUAACAGGUAUCCGCCGGGUCCUUCUCACCGGCCCUAUCCGCGCCGUGAUGAUAGGGACGGCCGCAUGUACGACGACCGUUCGCGCUCGCGCUCGCCUGGCGCCGUACAGUUUCUCUCUCCGGCUCGACAACUGCUAACUGUCUUCUCGGGUCAAAAGAUCUUCCGCGCUCUCCCCCACGAGGGCCUGCCUCGGACAGAAGACACGAUUACCCCAGAGACGGCCCGGAUUCCAGACCUCGUUACCGCAGCCGGGACCGUGAUGACUAUCGACGACGCUCGUCUAGAUCGCCUCCGCCCCGGCGUGGGAGGCCGGCAUACAGAGAUCGCGACCACGAGGGUUAUCGCUCGCCUGGAUACCACAGUCGAAGCAGGAGCCACAGUCGAAGUCGGAGUCGAAGCCCGCGACGAGGCCGUUACUACGGACAAGAGAGCAGAGAAAGACGGUUAUCAUAUUGAAGGACUUGAGGAAGUUCGGGUGAUUCGUGAUCGGCAGACGAAAAUAUCCCGACAGCUCGGCUUUCUCCGAUUCCGUGACGUCAACUAUUCGCGCGCUUUUGUUGAGCGCAACUUUCCGUCCAUUUACUUCUACGGUCCAAGCGCUGGUCAGGAUGACCGUGGAACCAAAGUCCGCAUCGCAUAUAGCCGGGAGAGAGAGGAUCGUGCGCGCGCCAGAGCUGAGGGGGAUUGGACUUGCAAGAACUGUGCGAUAGUCAAUUACUCUACACGUUCAAAAUGUUUCCGGUGUCAAGCCCCCCGACCUGAACCCGGUCCGACGGGCCCUCCUGGAAUCGCAGCUCCCAAGGUUGAGAAUAAUGGUGAUAAUGAUGCUGCUCCUGAAAACCAGCCCUCGCAGUUUCUCUUGUUCCGCGGACUAGAGCCCACCGUGACAGAAGAACUGCUUGCCAAAGGAGUUGCUAAGCUAUACCGACCAGCUCCUAGCAAUGCUGAAAAUACAUCAGGAAACCAGAAGAAAGGGGCUAAAGUGGCUUCCACUACUGGCGAUUCAAACCUGGGAGCUCGGGACGGGUCUAUCCGCCGUGUGCUGCUAGUAAGAGAUCGCAAAAGCAACGACAGCUGGCGUUACGGAUUUGCGGAGUUUGCGACUAUCCAGGAUGCUCAAGCGGCUGUUACACGUCUGAACUCGUUUGAGAAGUUCACCAUAUCCUCAAGGCCAGUGCUUGUGAGCUACAUUCACGCUGGUGUAUUUGUUCCCGUGAUCAAUCCCUCAGCGCGUACGGAGAAGUUCACAUUCAGCCCUCUCAAUAACCCAUCCUUAAAGCUGAUGUACUGGGAUGAGGAGGCUUACGUUACAGAGCUCACGGUGUCGACUGGCGACAGUGACAAUAACCAAAUGCUGUUGAAGAACGACCAGCCCGAUCAGCCAGAAAACCAGGGAAAGACACAGAAAGACGCAGACAAAACUAAGAAGAGAAAAGCAGACAACUCGGCCACAGCCGGCGCCAAGAAGCUUGCGAUGCCGUCGCAUUUGCAAUUCUGGAGCAAUCGGCAUGCCGAGCUACACGGCAUUCAGAAGAAGAACCCCGAUGACGCCGGAAGUGGCCCGGAUCAAGUGGUCUCUUCAGUUGAUCCCGGCGCUCCACCAGCCCAGUCCUAUGCGGACCCCAGUCGGAACUGUUGCUAUCUCUGCAUGCGCCAAUUCAACAGCUCCGCAGAGGUCAACCGCCACGAACGACUCAGUCAGCUGCACCAGAGUAACUUGCAAAAUGAGGAUCUGAAAGCCAAGGCCAUGGGGAAGCUUAUCAAACAUGGUAUUGCCCAGCAAACACCUGAGUACCGCGACCGUGCCAGGGAACGCCGACAGGCAUUCGGCAGCUCCAAGGCCGCAGCGAAGAAGAGCGCGCCUCCGCCGAAGGAGGAAGAAGAACCCCCAGUGGAGUCCACGUCGAAGGGUGCUUCUCUGCUCAGCAAGAUGGGAUGGUCUGCUGGAACAGGGCUGGGUGCUCAGGGCACUGGCAUGACUGCUCCUAUUGCCACAGAGGUCUACGCGCAGGGUGUUGGUCUAGGAGCACAGGGAGGCAAAUUGGGAGAUGCAGUUGAAGAAGCAGGACGCAAUACACGCGGGAGAUACGAUGAAUUCUUGGAAAAGACAAGGCAGACUGCACGGGAGCGAUACGAGCAAAUGGAGAAAUAG